AUGAAUGAGGAACGGGUACCCGACAUGCAAUUAGGAAAAUGUCGAUAUGUUCGGUUGCACGACAAUGUGAACUACGUCGCUGCGGGCAUCCUUCUUCGAGGGGAAGGUCCCGAAACGGAAGUGCUGCUCAUCCAGGAGGCCAAGAAAAACUGCUACGGUAAAUGGUACAUGCCAGCUGGUCGCGUAGAGGCCGGUGAGACACUUGAGAAUGCCGUUAAACGUGAAGUCCGAGAAGAGUCCGGUUAUGAGUGUGAUGUCAUUGAAUUGUUAUCGUUAGAGGCAAGUGAAUGCUUACUACUCCAUGCAUACACUGUAGAGCACUGA